GAAGUUCCGGUCUGGGAGAGGGCCCCGCGCCGAGGGCGCAGGGCCCCGCACAGCCCCCCCCCCGUCGCGAAAGACACACGAUACUUGUCUCUCCAGACCCUGGGCCCCGCGCCAUGGCUGGGGGCACGGCGCUGGCGCUCGGCUCGACGGCCCCGGGCCGCCAGCUCGGCCACUGCGCCAGCGCGGAGGGGGGCGCCGCUGCGGCGGCCUGGGACCUCCCCCGCGGCCGCCCGCCCCGCGCGGGCGAGGGCGCCUGGCCCUCGGAGGCCUCGGGCGGCGGCGAGGCGAGCUGCACGACCGCGUCGGGCGGGCAGGGCUGCGACAGCGCCGAGGGGGGCGACAGCCAGGAUGGUCUGGGCGAUUCUUCGGAAGACGCCCAGGAUUCGGACGAUGACCGUCAGGCCGGCGGUGCAGCCUUUCUGCCGUCGGCGGACCUGUUGGGCAGGCUCCGGUGCUACGGUUAUUUCGCUUUCGCUCAGGAUGCAGGAGCAUGGCAUGAGCAGCCGGCCGUUCCCGUGGCCCGCAUAAGAGUCAACGCCCGCAUACACGUGGACGGCCAUACGCACUACGUGAUCGAGUCACAGCUCGCGCGGCUCGGAGAGGGCAAGGCUCCCCUUGCAUGGUCCACCCGGAUGCGGCUGAAGCAGCUGCGUCAGGAGACGUGCACAUGCCCUUGAAGCACCAGCUCGGCGGGGAGUACGACAGGCACUUCAAGGCGACGCCGUUCGCCUGUCGGUCGGGGCCCCCCGGUACUACGGCGAGGCUCCACGCGUGGUUCCAGAGCCUCGCCGCCUGCAUGACCGCGGGCUACCUAAGCCCAGCCCUCACAGCGGCGGUGCUGCAGGCCCUCCGGGCACCCUGCCCGGUGGGCUGUGCCGCCGCGGCGGCGCCGCCGCGAUCGCCCGAGAGCCCGUGAGCGGGGCCCGCGCGGGGCGCCUCAAGCCCGGCCUGAGGCCCCUCCCCUCGGGGAGCAAGGGGUGACUUGUAAGGAUUAUUCGGUCCGCACCCCCCUUGGUCAGCGUUUCAGGUGCGACGACAAGCACUUGCGCUUGCAUUGGCGGGCUACCGUUGCCACUGCGGUCACCAGCACCGCAUGAAGAAUGCCUCCAUGCUGCCUAUUGCGCGCAAGUGUGAGUGCAUCUAGGCAACCAGAAGAGCACCUAGAGUUAGGAUUGGCGUUGUGCGCCCUUUAGCUGUAAUGAAAGAGCACGUCAGCUUACAAACGUUCAGUUUCACAAUGAACGUUAAUAUUCGACCCGCUACGAAGAUUGUGGAUCGCUCCUUCGUUUCGGUUUGCUUCGUUCUUUACACGAUGCAUUGCGAGCUUGGCUCCAGUGGACUCGGCGAGCACGCGAACUGGGUAAGCAGACGCUGGGCGGCAGCUGAGCGAACUGUGCAACACAAAGGAGGUGGGAGAGGGUAAGGCGCGGCCGCGGAGGAUGAAAAGG